AUGGAGGUGCAGCCAAUGCAGCGCACGUUCAGCAUCAGGCAGUACCAGCCUGCGGACCAUGACCGCGUCGUUGAGCUUUUCGUCCAGCUGGACAAGUACAUCGAAGACUCGAUCGCGGACGACCUCGCGAACGUGGACAAGGUCUACUUCAACCGCACGGAGGGACCCAAGGGCAACUUCUGGGUCAUCACCGAACAGACCGAAGGCGGAGAGGUGGUCCAGGGCAUGGUCGGCUUGGAGUACAAGAGCGACCAGGAUGCCGAACUGAGGCGUAUGAGCAUCUCCAAGGACGCACGCCGACAGGGCCUGGCCAAGAGGCUGCUGGACCAUCUGGUGGCGCACGCGCGGGAGCAAGGCUUCGAGAAGGUGGUCCUCACCACGGGCCAGCACAUGCCGCAGGCCAACACCAUGUACUCCGUGUACGGCUUCAAGAAGGUGAAGGAGGACCCCAUCGUCGUGUGGUACGAAUACGUCAUCCCCAAGCUGUCCCAGUAA